AUAUCUUCCUCAACCAAAAGUUAUCUAAUAAAAACAGCAACUGAAAAAAAGAAAGUUGAACAGUACUUAUCAUUUCAACAUUAAGCAAAGUUUAAGUAGCAAUGGCAUCCAUGUCCAUGAUGAACAACACCAUUUGUAAGGUCUCAAAACCGGGUUUCCCUACUCAAGUCUCUUCUCUUUAUCCUCGCCAAGUCUCACGCGUUUGCUUUACUUCUGCAUCCAAGUUUCACAAGAAUCAAUUUGCCGGAGAAGAUGCUAGGUUAACAAGAAGAAUAAGACAGGCACCACUAGCUUACGAGAAUGAUGAAGAAGCUAAACAGGUAGGAAAGACGUACGCAGAUAUUAAGCAAAAAGGAAAUGAUACUAUUGACAGUAUCACAGAAGGUGUUGAAACAGCAACACAAAAGGCGCAAGAGGAUAUGAGUAAGGCAACUGAUACAUUCAACAAAACAAACGAGACAGUAAAAGAUAAGGUGACUGAAGGAGCUGAAAGAGUUGGAGAUACAUUAAGCAAUGCGAAAGAAAGUACCGAUAAGACGACGGCGUGGGCAGCUGAUCAGGCGAAGGAAGGGGCUGAAAGAGUAGGGGAGACACUAAGUGAUGCUAAGAAAAGUAGCGACGACACGGCGGCGUGGACAGUCGAUCAAGCGAAGGAAGGGGCUGGGAAGGUGGGAGAGACUAUGAAGAGUGUAAAUGAGACAGUGAAUGAGAGUGUCAAGGGUGCGUGGGAGAGUGCUGUUGAUGCUACACAAAAGAUGAAAGAAACAGUUGUGGGAAAUGAGGAUAAGUAAAUGAGGAAGUGAAGAGAUGGCAAAAGAUAAAUUUGGUUUUUGUUAGUCUCAUGUUAUGUACUUAAUCUUAGCCCUAAAUCUAUGUUAAAUUGCUAACAUAUGUGGUAAUAAAGUUUAUAUAUAUCUUUGAACA